UUAAGUGGAAGAGGGAAAUUCUCAGCUAAAGAGAAAAACGGAGAAGAGGGAAAGAAAGAAUACUCAACAUUGAAUGAGAGAGAACGCGCGAGAACAAGGAAGGUUGAACUUUCUACACUGAAUGAGAUUGUUUCGUCAUAUCAAGCUUUGAUUUCAGUCUCACCCAAGGCUAAGGUGUUGGUUAUCUUUCACAUGGCUGAGAGACAAGCGGCAGAUCAGCAGCAGCAUCAAAUUGAUGCCCAGAUGCAAUCCCCACAACCUCAAAGGGAAGACAUGGUUGCCUGUGUGAUAGCACUGGAGGCUGCUUUGCUUCCAUGCUUGCCUGCCAGAGAGCUUCAAGCAAUUGACCGGUCUCCCCACCCUUCUCAUCAGAUUGAUGUAGAGAGGCAUGCCAGAGAUUUUAUGGAAGCUGCCAAAAAGCUUCAACUAUAUUUUAUUGGUCUACAACGUGAGGAUCAGCCAACCAAGGCUCAACAACUUAGCAAGGAGAUUGAUGCGAUGGAAGAGGAGUUGGGGAUAAAGACUGAGCUUAUCAAGAAGCAUGAAAGGCUGAUCCAAGGGUGGAAAAAGGAUCUGAAAGACCAAUUGGACAAGCACAACACUGAGCUUGAGAGGGUGUAGUUACUUGAGCCAUGAAAUUGUAUCAUUCCAUUUGUUGGUAGAUCAUUUGGUAGCAUCCAUAACAAUUUUGCUUCAACGGUCUCUUGUAAAAAUUAUGAUCUGUUACAUCCAAAUCGGCUAGGUAAUUUACAAUGUGGAACCUAAAAUUGGUUUUGUUUCCA